CGGGCCGCUCAGGUGCAGCAGCUCGCUGGGCGGGACCAUCUGUCUGACGUCCAGUUAAUUAAAAGGAUCCGGCUCCGUUCAGCCGAACUUCGCGGGAAAUUUAAGCUUGUUGGAGUUCCGCAGUGAGUAGUGAUGGAAGUGGCCAACGUGAGGGAGAGGACGGUGCAGCAGCUCGAUUACUCCAGCUGCGAGGAAGACAGCAGCGACAACAGCUGGGACUGGGGGCUCCCGGGCGCGCGGAGCCCCGGCCCUGCCUGCAGGACCCCGCAGACCGCGCGCCACUGCGCACGUAGCGUGCCGGACUCCCCCGCCAAUUCCAGCACCCCCCUGCACUACGCCACCUGGAGGAAACUCAGGCUGUGCGACUCGCCCAGCACACCCAAAAGCCUGCUGUCCAAGUCAGCCCUGCCAAGCUCCAACGGGAAACUGUGUCACAGGGUCCUGCGUUUCACUAGUGCCUCUGACCCCACCCGUCAAGGUCACAUGCCGUCAGUCAACGUGAACCCCUUCACCCCCAACACGUUCCGCCGUAGUGGGGAGCACAAGCGGAAGAGCCGUAGCGAUGAGGAUGAUGAAGUCAGCCAGCUGAGAGAGAAGACGGAUGGUAAUUCAUCAGAGGAUGAGGCUUUUCUUCCCUCUAAGAGACUGGCUGUGCAGGCCUCCAUGUUGUCACGCUACGAGAGCGAGUUCCUCGAGCUGGGCCGCAUUGGCACCGGGGAAUUCGGCACAGUCUACAAGUGUGUGAAGAGGCUGGAUGGUUGCCUGUAUGCCAUCAAGCGCUCCCGCCGGCCCCUGGCCGGAUCAGCUGACGAGCAGCUGGCCCUGAAGGAGGUCUAUGCACAUGCAGUGUUGGGUCAUCACCUCCACGUGGUGCGUUACUACUCGGCAUGGGCGGAGGAUGAUCACAUGAUCAUCCAGAAUGAGUACUGUGAUGGAGGAAGUCUCAGUGAUGCCAUAACAGAGAAGAAACGACAGGGGUUGCUGUUCGUGGAGCUCGAGCUGAGAGAUCUGCUACUACAGGUCUCCAUGGGUCUCAAGUACAUCCACAGCUCUGGUUUGGUCCACCUGGACAUCAAACCCAGCAAUAUCUUCAUCUGCCGCCAAUCCACUCUGAGCUCCGAGAGUGUGAGCGAGGAGGAAGAUGAGGAAGGCUGCACGGAGAGAGUCAUUUAUAAAAUCGGUGACUUGGGUCACGUGACCUCAAUCGGCAGCCCCCAGGUAGAGGAAGGGGACAGCCGCUUCCUGGCCAGCGAGGUUCUCCAUGAGCAGGACUUCACUCACCUUCCCAGAGCGGACAUUUUCGCCCUGGGUCUGACUGUACUCCUAGCAGCAGGUGCUCCUCCGCUUCCUCAGAACGGAGACGAGUGGCACAGGCUACGGCAGGCCCAGCUGCCCCCCCUCCCCCAGGAGCUCAGUGCUGGUUUCCACAGCCUCCUCCAGAUGAUGCUCGACCCAGAGCCGACCCUGCGCCCGUCUGCGUCUGUGCUGUGCAGACACCCACUGUUGCGUAAGGAAGGAACCGCAACUGUCGCAGAUCAGCUGCGCAAGGAGCUCAACGUGGAGAAGUUCCGGACGGCUAUGUUGGAGAGAGAGCUCCAGGAGGCCAGGCUGGCUGCCCUGUCCCCCCAGCAGCAAGCACGGCCUUGCCUGAAGCCACAGGCCUCUGAGCUCGGGUCCCUGCCCAGAACGGGCCGCAGACUCGUUGGCCGCAGUGCCGCUAGAUCCCUGAGCAUUGCUUGCCCAGGAUAUAGUUCCUGAAUGGGCUAUGUGCUGGACUCAAAUGACUCUCUUGCAUACCAAGUUGUCUCUUCUCUGGAGUACUGCUGCCCCCUAGAGGCAAGGAGGCCUCCUGUCCUCAGUUCACGUGCAGGAGUGCAUCCCAGCGUUAAGUGUCUUCACAGCCCAGAUAUGUAGGUCUGUUGAGCUGCUUUUUAAAUGCCAUAAAUUAUUUUUUUCAAUGUAAAUAAAAGUUUUAAAUGCUUUGA